AUGUCUUCCAUCCUCACAGCGAACUCCCCCCUCCUGUCCCUCACAACUAGCACGGCACUAAAUCCCUACAUCACCGGGCCCCUGCUACUCCUUCUCACUAAGAUCCCGCAAUCGCUUCGCGAUGAGCUACUUCGCCGACUCUCAUCCUCCUCGGCGUUACAUAUUCAAAAAGCACUUCCAACGACCAUCAAGACCCUCAAAUGGCUAGUUUCGCUCGGAUUGGUAACGAGGGUCAAUCGCGUCCUCAAUCAAGCCGCAUUGAACGGAUGGCGCUUCAGAACUUCAAAGGAACACAAGAGGUGGAAUUGGGAGAAGGAGGUUGCAGUCGUGACGGGUGGCAGUAGUGGGAUUGGGGAAGCGGUGGUCAAAUUGCUGGUAGCGAGGCACGUGAGAGUUGCGAUUGUGGAUGUGCUGCCGUUGGGCGAGGAAGCGGAGAAGGACCCCCGCAUCACCCACUUCCCCUGCAAUCUCACCUCUCCCACCGCUAUUGCCUCUACCGCCACCCUCAUUCGCGAGGCUCUGGGAAACCCUUCCAUCCUCAUCAACAACGCCGGCAUCGCCAAAAGCCACAGCAUCCUCGACACCUCCGACGAAUUUCUGCACAAGAUGUUCGCCGUCAACCUCUUCAGCCAUUGGAGCACGGUUCAAGCGUUUCUACCAGAUAUGAUCAAGAACAACAAAGGCCACAUCGUCAGUAUAGCUAGUCUCGCGAGCUAUGUCACUCUGGCAGGGAUGGCGGAUUAUGCGGCGGCGAAAGCGGGGGCACUUUCGUUCCAUGAGGAACUCCGCGCCCUAUACCACGCGCCAAAUGUGCUUACGACUUCGGUGCAUCCUACCUUUGCUGCUACGGCCCUGACGGCAUCGUGGCAGAGCACGCUCGAAGGGAAUGGGGCAACUAUCUUGAAGAAGGAGAAGAUUGCGGAGGCAGUGGUGGAGCAGGUGCUUAGUUGCAAGGGUGGCCAGCUACUCAUCCCGGGAAGGGUGGGCUGGAUGACGAUGCUGAAGGGGCUGCCGAAUUGGGUGCAGGAAGUGCUGAGGGAUCGGGGGAGUGAGGGCGUGAUGGACGCGAAAGGGAAAUUGAUGGGGACUUAAGGUUUCGAGGGAGACGGCUUCGAGACGGCUUCCGGCGGAAGUAAUGGAGGUAAAGCGUUUUCUGGGAGCAGGGGUGAUACAGUGUCUUGUUCAAGACAUCCGGAUAUUGCUCAUGGUGCCUCAUGGGAGGCUAAGAAUUUCGAGUCAGAUUGAAGUUAGGCAUUUUGAGCGACUAGUUAGUUGUUAUGGCAGUACGGAUAGUGGUGGAAGGAGUGCACGGACUGGAAUGUGAGUUAAUACGUUGAGAGCCUGUAAGCAGGCAGUAGCAGGAAGGCGUACCAACAUCUGUCUAACACGAGACACUAAUAAAAGGAGACUAUCAUGUGGUGGAGCUUUAUCACGUGUUUGCAGAC